AAAAGGUGUUUCUAAACGUAAUUUCUUCUGUUUUAACCGCUCCAAAAGCGUAAAUACGUCUUUAUUAGGUUAUACUUGUGUUUUCUGGUUCUUAACGUCGGCGAUGGACAGCCCGAGCCCGAGUCCGGAGAAGAAAAGGUAAUAAAUUCACUGAAAUUCUGUUGCUUAUUUGGACAAUUAAUUAACGCAGGAUAUUAAACCUAAAGCGGUGACUAGUGACGACAUUCGUCACUAUUCGCCACUUUUCGCGACUGUUCGCCACUAUUCGCACUAUUCGGGACUAUUCGCUAUUCAGGUUUUCCAGACACCCAACGCUAAGCUUAUCAUCAACUGGAAGUUAACCCGCGGCGUAGCGAAUUUGAAAAGUUGACAGUUCAGAUCCUUUUCAGCUCACUGCACGGGUGGGUGUACUCGUCACGCGAUCUUGUUCGUGAACGGAGAAAAGCCUGUUGGGUGACUAGCCCAAAGUCUUCGUGAGGAGGCUCCUCUAUCCUGUAUUGUAAAUAUUUUUGUGUGCAUGCAUUCAGUGGUCUUCAGUGAGCGUAUGAUGAGUGAAACCUUUAUCAAAAGAAAUUAGUAAUUAAAGAUAAUACCAAAAGUGCCGAUUUUCGCGAUCGAAUCCGCGAGUAGUCCUCCGCGGCCGUUUAUUGGGAUGUCACGCAGAGCGUUGCGUGACAUCCCAAAAAAACCGGCUGUGCAGGAGACUAAUCCGCGAGCUACAGACUCGCGAGAUGAGCGAAGCGUAAAAUUGGUCCCCAAUCCUACUCCACGCAUCUAUAUGCCUUGCAAGGUACAAUUUGAGCUAGUUUGGCUCUAAUAUUUGGUAGAAGUAUGAACAAGAAGACGAAAUUGAAGCCGCAAAGUGAGGACCAUGUUGGAUCAAAGGAACACACGCACGACUUCACAAAUGGCGAAAUAGUGCAAACUCGCGCCGAACUGCUGGCUUGGUAUGACAAAAACCACAGAAAGCUUCCUUGGAGGGAGCGAGUGUCUCAAACGGAUCCAAACAAGCGCGCAUACGCUGUAUGGGUCUCUGAGAUCAUGCUGCAACAAACACAGGUCGCUACUGUUAAGGAUUAUUACACUCGCUGGAUGGAGAAAUGGCCGACUGUUGAACACUUGUCACGUGCGAGUUUGGAGGAAGUGAACGAGAUGUGGUCUGGACUUGGUUAUUAUUCGCGGGCAAAGAGACUCCACGAGGGAGCGAAGAAGGUUAUUGAGGAAAUGAGUGGAAACAUCCCUUCCACGGCAACUGACCUCUUGAAGCAGCUUCCAGGGGUUGGAAGAUACACUGCUGGUGCCAUUGCUUCUAUUGCAUUUGGUGAGUGCACAGGAGUAGUUGAUGGAAAUGUGAUAAGAGUUUUGUCAAGACUCUGCAGCAUUGGAGCUUUGAGCUCCAGUAAUCAAGCUGUGGAAAAGUUUUGGGAACUUGCUAACAAGCUUGUUCCUGAAGACAGACCAGGAGAUUUUAAUCAGGCUUUAAUGGAAUUUGGCGCAACUUUGUGUACACCACAGUCUCCACAGUGUCAUGCUUGCCCUCUGCAAAAACAUUGCAGUGCACUAAAGCAAGUGGAGGAACACAAAGUAUCAGCUUCCAUGCUGCUAAGUGGGAAAGGCAUUAAAUCUGCCGACAGUGGUGUAAGGGAUGAUACGGUUACAGAUAUUGAAGAAUGCAAGCUUUGCCUGCCAUCUACAUUGUGGAAUGCUUCCCUUGGAGUAUGUAAUUACCCACAUAAAGCUAAAAAGAAACAACCAAAAGAAGAAACUCUGGCUGUUGUUGUUUUAGAAAGAGUGUCAGAGCUUGGAUCUCACUUUCUUAUUGUUCAGAGGCCAAAAACAGGUCUACUAGCUGGUCUGUGGGAGUUUCCUAACACAACUGUAGAAUCCAGCUUGCCAGGAACUGGAAUGUUCACAGCUCUGGGUAAUUUCUUAGAAAGUGAACUGGGGAUAACUCUGGAACAGAAAAAGAAUGUAGAAAGCAUAGGGGAGGUUUCUCACCACUUUUCACACAUUCAUCACAAGUAUGUUGUAUAUGCUUACAAGUACACUGGACAUGAAACUUUAGAUGAAACCACACAUGAAAACAGGGAAAUGAAGUGGAUACCAAGGGAUGAUGUAGAUAAAGCUGCUCUUUCUACAGCCAUGAGGAAAGUGUUCAGUGCUUUUGAAAACUACAGUCAUGGUAAAAAUGAAAAACAGCCUGCUAAAGUAGACAGGAAAAGAAAGAGGGCAGAUCCUCAUGAUGGAAGAAAGCAAAUGGUUUUAGAUGCAUUUUUCAAACCAAAGAAUUGACAGCUAGAGUUGAUAACUUUUAUAUGACUUUCCAUAUUUUGACGUGUGAUCUUUGUACAUAAUGCAAUGUACAUAUACAUACAUAUGGGGUGUCAAUAGUUUAUUCAGUGGAAAGUUGAACCACACAAAUUUACAGUUAUACCAGAUCAGACUUUAAGCUACACACUAGCCAUGGCUACAGCUACAACGAUUGUUCUUGUAUUUAAUCCCGAGGUUCCAGUUUGCUGAAUUGUUGUUUUAUUUUUUGUAACGUUUCAUAUCUAGCUAUCUAUAACGGUUUAUAGUAGGAAGCUGACCCGGG